AUGCAGGGUCUGAUUUCGCCGCUGCAAAAUACCUCUGUGGGCAUCGCCCCGAUGGCGACAUGCCCCACGGGCAACUGCACCUUCCUCGACGACGGCGGCGUGUCGCUGACCACGCUUGACAUGUGCCACGACUGUGAGGACCUCACCAGCUUCGUCGAGCGACGCCCGUUUCACUAUCAAACGGAGCCCGUUUCACGAUCAAACGGAGCCCGUUGGCGCCGAGUUCUUCUCAUCGGCAGCGGCGGCAGAAACCGCGGUAAAAACCGCGGCAAAACUGGCGGCAACCUCACCAUGCGCGUCGACCAGUCAGGGUUCAACCUUACGUCGCUGGACAUCAGCCGGGGAUCGUCGUUCCCGGUCCGGCCGUGGGCGCGGAGCAGCAUUCUCGGCUUCUAA